AUGAGCUUCAACAAGAAUAAUAACCCGAUGGCGAUGGGGAAGAUAAUGGGAUACCUGAAACAGCUCUCCACUGAAAUGGGUGGAAGCGAGCAGGGUCAUCAAAGGCAACAGGACGAGGAGCGUCUGUACCGUUCGCGUGGACCUAAGUACGCGAGGGUACCAACUCGACCGAGUCUCUCAGCAUCCACUACAUGCACUUCCCUUGCGACCUCAUGCGGUUCCCAGGGAACGCUUGCGCCGAAUUACGCUACGAUCCCUGAGAUUGAAUCUACGGAGAGCAGCAGCGAGGACGAACAGGACGCCUUUGAGAAAACACGCCGUCACUUCCAGCAAUUAAGACAGAUCAGUCUCGGGAACGAAUUCAAAUACAAAAUGGAAUUGGAAACCAAAGAGGAGAACCUACGGAAUUCUCAGCCAUACGUGAAGCAAUUGAGUUUGGACAGUAAUAAAGUAAAAACUGAUCAUACCAUCAAUGGCGACCUACCACCGUAUGGUGUUACCACUCAGCGAUUAUAUCUGUGGACACAGAUAUUAGCAGCUUUCGCUGUAUCAAUGGGGUCCAUGAUUGUUGGAUUCUCGUCGGGCUACACGUCUCCGGCUUUUGAAACUAUGAACAAAACAAUGACAAUCAGCACCGAAGAGGAGACCUGGAUUGGCGGUUUAAUGCCUCUGGCUGCCUUGGUCGGCGGUGUCGCAGGAGGUUUCUUCAUAGAAUACUUUGGAAGAAAGAUAACAAUAAUGUUCACUGCUAUACCAUUUUUCAUUGGUUGGAUGCUGAUUGCGAACGCUGUGAAUGUAUACAUGGUGCUUGCUGGAAGAGCUUUCUGCGGUAUAUGCGUUGGAGUCGGGACACUCGCCUAUCCUGUAUAUCUCGGGGAGACGAUACAACCAGAAGUUCGAGGCGCUUUAGGACUUCUACCGACAGCGUUCGGUAACACUGGAAUACUUUUGGCUUUCUUCGCUGGGACUUAUUUGAAUUGGUCAAAUCUUGCAUUCCUCGGAGCGGCUCUGCCAGUUCCAUUCUUUUUAUUAAUGAUCCUCACACCAGAAACACCUAGAUGGUAUAUAGCAAGAGGCCGAGUUGACGACGCACGUAAAGCACUGCUGUGGUUGAGAGGAAAAAAUGCUAACACUGACAAGGAAAUGAGAGAACUCACUCGGUCACAAGCUGAAGCUGAUCUAACAAGGGGAGCGAACACCUUCGGCCAAUUAUUCUCUAGGAAAUAUCUACCAGCAGUUCUAAUCACUCUCGGCUUGAUGUUGUUCCAACAGCUAAGCGGUAUUAAUGCUGUGAUAUUUUAUGCUUCAAAAAUAUUCAAGAUGGCUGGCAGUACUGUUGAUGAAAAUCUUAGCAGCAUUAUCAUUGGAAUUGUCAACUUUGUGUCAACAUUCAUCGCAACAGCCAUUAUCGAUCGGUUGGGACGCAAAAUGUUGCUUUAUAUUUCAUCUACAGCAAUGAUAGUGACAUUGGUUAUUCUGGGAGCAUACUUUUAUCUGAUAGACGCUGGUACAGAUGUGAGCAGCGUUGGCUGGCUGCCUCUAGCUAGUCUUGUUAUAUAUGUGCUUGGAUUUUCUAUCGGUUUCGGACCUAUCCCGUGGCUCAUGUUAGGAGAAAUACUACCCUCCAGGAUCCGCGGUACUGCUGCUUCAUUAGCGACUGGAUUCAACUGGACAUGCACAUUUAUUGUAACGAAAUCAUUCAGCAACAUUAUUUUGAUCAUUAAAAUGUACGGAACGGUGUGGAUGUUCGCUGUGUUAUGUAUAAUUGGUCUACUUUUCGUAAUAUUUUUCGUACCUGAAACCCGAGGGAAGAGUUUAGAAGAAAUCGAGAAGAAAUUGACAGGUGGCUCUCGUAAAGUACGGACUGCGGCGACAAACAAACCUAGUAGCGGCUGUUAG